UUUGUACCUGAACGUCAUUGCGCAACACAAGAUGGCGGCGGAAAGUGAGAGAGUAGACAGGAGUAGUCACAGCAUGGAUAAAAGCAUAACUCUUCCACCCAAUGAGAUCUUCAGGAAUUUGGAAAAUGCAAAGAGGUUCGCAAUAGACAUAGGUGGCUCUCUGACGAAACUCGCCUAUUACUCCACUGUUCAACACAAAGUAGCGAAAGUACGGUCAUUCGACCAUACUGCAAAGGACACUGAGGAUGACCCCCUCUAUGAGAUCUCAAUGCAGGAGGAGAUCUUGGCUCGCCUUCACUUCAUCAAGUUUGAAAAUGCCUACAUUGAAACCUGCCUGGACUUUAUCAAAGACCACCUGGUCAACACUGACACCAAAGUCAUCAAAGCCACUGGUGGAGGGGCUCAUAAGUUCAAAGAUCUCAUAGAGAAGAAACUGAAGCUCAGGGUGGACAAGGAGGAUGAAAUGACAUGCCUGAUUAAGGGCUGCAACUUUGUGCUGAGGAACAUCCCCCACGAGGCUUUUGUCUAUGUCAAGCAUGCAGACUCUGAAUUCCGCUUCCAGAACACUCACCCUGACAUCUUCCCUUACCUGCUCAUCAACAUCGGCUCAGGGGUGUCAAUCAUCAAGGUUGAAUCAGAGGAUACAUUUGAGCGUGUUGGAGGAAGCUCCAUAGGUGGGGGGACGUUCUGGGGCCUUGGAGCUCUGCUCACAAAAACAAAGAGAUUUGAUGAACUACUUCAGUUGGCUUCGAAGGGGCAGCACACAAGUGUUGACAUGCUAGUCAAAGACAUCUACGGGGGAUCUUAUGUGUCCUUGGGCUUGACUGGGGACCUUAUCGCAAGCAGCUUUGGAAAAUCUGCUACGGCUGACAAAGAGUUCUCUAAAGAAGAUAUGGCUAAGAGCCUGCUCCAUAUGAUCAGCAAUGACAUUGGGCAGCUGGCCUGCCUCUAUGCCCGGCUCCACAACUUGACCAGGGUCUACUUUGGGGGUUUCUUCAUACGAGGACACCCUGUCACUAUGCACACCAUCACUUACAGUAUCAACUUCUUCACCAAGGGUGAAGUCCAGGCAUUGUUCCUGAGACAUGAAGGCUAUCUGGGGACUAUUGGUGCCUUUCUCAAGGGAGCAGAGGAAGACAAUCCUAACCAGUACAGUUGGGGGGAGAACUAUGCUGGGAGCUCUGGCCUGAUGAGUACCUCUCCAGACCUGAACCCCAUGCAACGAGCACGCAGUGGAACAUUUCCCUUUGACAUGUUGGAGAUGGAUCGUCUGGAGAGGCAGCUGGUGAAUCUGCCCCUGCUGCAGGACCCGUCCUCCUACAUCCCAGACACAGUGGACCUCUCAGAGGAUGCCCUUGCACGGGAGUACUGGCUCUACUGCUUUGAGGAGGCCCUGGAUGGGGUGGUAAAAAGAGCUGUGGCCAGCCAGCCUGAUCUACCAGAGGCUGCUGAACGAGCGGAGAAGUUCCGGCACAAGUACCUGCACAAGCUGCAGACCCUCCGCCACCAGCCUUUUGCUUAUGGAUCCCUCACUGUCAGAAGUCUUUUAGACACAAGAGAACACUGUUUAAACGAGUUCAACUUCCCUGACCCCUACUCAAAGAUCAAGCAGAGGGAGAAUGACAUGGCCCUCAAGUACUUCCAGAAGGCAGUCAAGUCCCUGGAGGAGCUGAGCUGGGAGCAGAGGCAGUUUGCCCUGGUCAGGGGCCUCCUGGCUGGGAAUGUCUUUGACUGGGGAGCCAAGGCUGUUUCAGAUGUUCUGGAGUCUGAUCCGGAGUUUGGCUUUGAACAGGCGAAACGACAAUUGGAAGAGCGGCCGUGGCUUAUCGACAACUAUGACCAAUGGCUCGAGAGACUGAAUGGCCCACCUCAUAAGUGUGCAUUAUUUUUCGUAGAUAAUAGUGGAAUAGACAUCAUACUGGGAGUCUUCCCAUUUGUCAGAGAGCUUCUCUGCAGGGGAACGGAGGUAGUCCUUGCCAGCAACUCAAGCCCAGCUCUGAAUGAUGUAACAAACAAUGAGCUGCAGAUCUUGACUGAAAGAAUAGCUGCAAUGGAUCCAGUUAUACAGUCUGCUGUGAAGGAGGACAGGUUGACGCUAGUCCAGAGUGGCUCCAGCUCUCCGUGCUUAGACUUAAGCCGUUUGGACAAGGUGUUGGCUGGGGUUGUGCGGGAACGCCACACAGACCUGGUGAUCAUCGAGGGCAUGGGCCGGGCCAUCCACACCAACUACUACGCCUUGUUAAGCUGCGAGAGCCUCAAGAUGGCAGUCAUCAAGAACUCCUGGCUGGCUGACCGACUGGGAGGCAAGCUCUUCAGUGUGGUCUUCAAGUACGAGGUGCCACUAGACAAAAAACCCACCACCCUGGAUCAUGUUCCUGUGACGCCUUCAUGAUCUCAUCAUUCUCCUUUUGAAGUCUUAUUAUGGGACAGGUUGAACUGUUUCCGGUACAAGUUGGAGAGGUCCAGCUAGCUGUGAUGGGGUUGAUUUCACCGACUCAUGAUGAUUGAUAUGCAGAUUGUACAGGGAGGAGUUUUUAAGAUCAGUUUCAGUGGGCUUGGAUUGAUUUGAAAACUUGGCAGCCUAUUUUAGCAAGGAUGUCAAAACAGGGUAGAGUAUAACAUCGCUUAGUAACCUCAAUGUUUAAAUGUCUUCCUUUUUUGAAUAUACAACCGUACUUUGCACCAUCUUGUGUUCUUGCAGAUCACUGCCAAAAUUAUAGUUAUGGUAUUAGAACAGACAAACUUGUCAGUGGUAGAGGUGUCCUCUUUGCAGAUUGACUGUCAAUGCAAGUGAGAUCUUCUACUAACUGCAUUUAUAGACAGGUUAUUAGUACCCUGCUGUUUACUUACAGCAUCCCAAUGGUUACCAUGACAACAAGGUGCCACUUUCAGUGGUGAAGAGAUGCUUUGCGAGUGCUGUGCUACCAGGGUAAUUAUAGCAAUCUGUGGUGAUGCUUCACAAAUAUAUGGUAGAUGUGCCUUGAGGUGGGAGUGAUAAAAUCAUAGCUCGUUCAAAAUGUAACCAACCUGGUUUAAUUUCUAUUGCAGGAGAAACAUGGGUGUUUGUUACCAGGGGCUACAUGAAAGUGGCUUUUCUAUGGGUUUGUGUUUGUCUUCCUUUUGAAUCCCAAGAUUUUCCUCCUUUCAUCACUGCCACUAGGUCAUUGAGAUUAUUCACUUAAUUGUGAUGAUCAUUGCCUGAGAAGCUAAAAUGUUGCAGGGAAUUCUUGGCACUUUAUUGAGGGGUUAAAAAAUGUAAUUACAGAAGGUGGCAGUAUUUUCAUGUGAACAUGAGCUCCUAACAACCAAAUUAAUGAUAUGGAUAUUUUGUUAUUCAUUGGAUGUUCUGAGAGCUGUCAAUCAAAAAAGUAUAUUUAAGGUAAUUUUCUAGCUUAAAUGUGCUAUCUUUUUAUCAAUAAUAACAUGUUGGCAGCCUUUGUAAUUUCAAGGAGGCUUUUUUGGGUUGAGGCAUUGCUGUCCAAAUGUUUCCAUGACUUUAUUUGCUUAACCUGUGGAUUGAUAUUGUGUAUUGUCAUUUGUAAAUACAUGUGAAAUAAGUGUAAAUACAAUUAAUUUGCAUUACAUGGGUUCAUGAUGACAUUUAGGGAAAUUAUUGUUCUCUUUACAAUCACUUGUAAUUAAAUGUGAAUUUAUUUUAUUAAAGUAAUGCAAUUUC